AUGCAGGACGCUCAAUUGCUGCCAUUCUCAUUUGACAGCACGAAGUUUUCUUCCAAAGAGAACACUUCACAACCUAAGGAAGACCACUCCCUCGAUACUGUAUCAGGAACGCAAGUCCACCGCAGAAUGUCUUCAAUUGACGCCCAGGGUUUUAGAAUACCGUUGUCACCGGUCAAGACAAACUACAAAAGGAGGGCCAAUGACUACAUCAGAAGACAGCAGCUUGAGGACGAUGAUAGCAAGAAGCUGAAAAGAUCGCUAGAUGCCACCAAGCUAUUCUUCGGUGAAUCUAGUUCGUCUUCCUUCCAGUUGCCCUCUUCCGAGCAUCCGUUUCCUCUGGAGCAUUCUGGUCGUAUUCCCAGUUCCCCUCCAAUGCCUAGUGUUGCACAGAGUUCUGAUGAUUUCGAGGACUCAACAUUCAUUAUGCCGAGCUCUCCUCCUCAGUUUAUGGCUACGCAGGAGACCGAGAUUGCUGACGAUAUACCAAAAAGGGUUUUGCUGAACCCGUCAUCUGAUAGUCUUGCUCCUCUAGAUCUGGAUGAAUUUGGAAGGGUUCACGCUACACGCCAGGAAUCAAAAUUGGACUCGGAAUUUGACACCGAGAUGGAGGUUGACCAAAAGGACGUUGAGCGGAGACUGCGCGAAGAAAUCAACAAGAUGUUUGAAAACCAAGAAAACAAGCUCAAUUUCGAGAAUUAUGGCUUGGAGGUAAUUCCUUCGGAGAUUGGAGACCUAAACAAUUUGACCAUCUUCUCGGGAUUCCAGAUAGCACCAGCGAAGAUCGAGAUAUUCAUGUCCGGAAACAACAUCACCACGCUUUCGCCAUCCCUUUUUGAUGUCAAAGGCAUUACUGUUCUGAGUUUGCGAUACAACAAAAUCCGGAGGGUUCCUGGUGCAAUUGAAAGACUCACGAAUUUGAAGUAUUUGAGUGUGGCCAACAACAGAAUUGCCUAUUUCCCUCACAACAUUUUGAAAUUGAGCUGCAUUGAGACCCUGACGAUACGACCUAACCCUUUAAUCGAGCCUGAUGCCAAAAUUGCAACAUCCGUGAAUGUUGAUAUACCCUUUGAUGAAGCCCCUACUAAGGUUUUGAAAUACUUCGGGAGGAUCAGAUGGCUAGCUGAUACGUCCACUGUUUGUGCUAAAGCCACAGCUGGUGGUCUGAGCGCGCAAAAGCUGAUGCGAAACUUCAGUACGUUUUCCAGGCAGACUACGAACUUUAAUACUAUGUUAGGCGAGGACGGAUUAGAUGAAAUGUUUCCUCAGUCGCAGCCAGAUGUGUGUGACGUUCAGGCCGAAACGGUAUCUUACGUCCCGAGGUUGACAGAACUCACACUGCGCGAGAUUUCUAAAUACAAGAUCUCUGCAUCAGAGCUGAAGAAAUGGAAAACGCACAUUCCACCCAGACUGAAGAAACUGGCAUUCGAUGCACUGAUUAAUGGGUCCAACGGAGAGACCUGCGGCUGGUGUGAAGAGAACAUUGUUGAUGCAGUGGCAGAGGUGAUGGAAUGGUGGGAUGUGAACCAGAUACAAAAUCUCCCCAUACAGAGAAAGUUCUGUAGUGGGAAAUGUACGAUACAGUGGCAGGAUAGUAUUAAUGUGCGCCAGGCUGGGUUGAGUGAUUGA